UUGUAAACAGAAGGGUCGAGAGUGAUUUUCACAGUACAGUUUUUCGUUUUCUGUGGCAAAGCAGAAACAUUUUUUGUUUCUUGCGUUUUCUACGCGAUUCGCAAACCAAUAAGUGCAGUUCCGUUAGUUUUGUUUCGUGUGCAGUUGUGCGGAAUGGAAAGUGACAAGAUGGAAAUUUAUGAAUCGCUAAUACGCUGGCUAGGUGUACUCCAACUAACCGCUGCUCACGAAAAUGUCCAGCAGUUGAGUGAUGGCGUAGCGCUAGCCCAAGCACUGAAUUUAAUCGCUCCGGAAAUAUUCAGCGAAGGUUGGCUAAGCAAAAUAAAAGUUGACGUUGGUCAGAAUUGGAGACUGAAAGUGAGCAAUCUGAAGAAAAUAAUAGAUGGAGUGUAUGUGUACUAUCAGGAUAUUUUGAGCUUGAACCUUUCCGAGGAGCUUCGACCGGAUGCAAUGAAAAUUGCAGAAAAAUGUGACGGCUUUGAGCUGGGUAGACUUUUGCAACUUAUUCUGGGGUGUGCGGUGAACUGUUUAGAAAAGCAAAAGUAUAUUACUCAAAUAAUGGAACUGGAGGAAUCUUUGCAACAGAAUAUUAUGGCAGCUCUACAAGACAUUGAGCAUGUAUGGCAAGGAGCUUCACCUUCUCGGAACUCAAUUAAUGCCCUUAGUUUGGAUGUUAAGACGCUCCAGGAAGAUCGUGACAGUUUGGCUCAAAAAUGUCAUGAAACCAAUAAAAAAAUGCUUAUUUUGAUCGAGGAAAAAUCUCUUCUUCAGCAAGAACUCAACAGAAUGCAAGCUCUUUUGCAGCGGUACGAAAAUCCCAACCUCAUCGGAGAUGAUGGUACCUCACUAGGGCCUAUCCAGCUCGGAUCGUCUCGAUAUAACGAUCUGAGAAAGGUCGUCGAUAGUUUGAAGGACGAAUUAUUGCAGGCUGAGACGGCACGGGACGAUUUGAAGAUGAAAUCGGUGAUGCAGGAGAGAGAAAUUUCAGAACAGCAGACCAAGAUUGAUGAGUUGCACUCAGCCACGGCAGAAAUUGCCCAACUGAAAGACGAAAUUGACAUUUUGAAGGAAGCCAACGAUAAGCUGAAAAUUUGUGAAACUCAGUUGCAAACAUACAAGAAAAAGUUAGAAGACUAUAAUGACCUUAAAAAACAAAUUAAAAUGCUAGAAGAACGGAGCGCAGAAUAUCUGAAGCAAAAUCUUGACUACGAAGAGGAAGCCAAAAAAUAUUCCGGCCUGAAAGGUCAAGUGGAACUGUAUAAGAAAGAAAUCCAAGACUUACACGCCAAGUUAGAUUCGGAAAUGAGCAAGACACUUCGAAUCGAGUUCGACUUUACCCAAUUGCAAACCAAGUUAUCAGCUGUACAACGUGAGAAGGAUAAUUUGCUUAGUGAAAGAGAUGUCCUGCGGGAAACUUGCGAUGAAUUGAAGUGUGGUCAAGUGACGGAGGACUCGGAAAGUGGGAACACCAUGUCGAAGGAGUUACAUUCCAGUGAUGUACGAGAUCGAAUAGAACGUUUGGAAAAAGAAAAUAAAGCUCUUAGAGAGGGGCAAGGCGGACAGACGGCCCUAGCGCAACUUCUUGACGAUGCUAACCAGCGUAAUGAGAAAUUACGGGACCAGCUGAAGGCUGCUAAUCAACGUGUUUUACUACUAAGCCACAAUCACAGUGACGAUAUCAGUGCUAAAAGUGAUAUGGACAUCCAGUUGAAACAGGCACUAGAACUUAACGAACAGCGUUCUUCGCAGAUAGAUGAAGCACAAUCACAAAUGACUCAGUUACACACCAAAAUUGCUAGCCUGGAAGCGGCAUUGACAGCAAAAGAACAGGAUCUUCUUGCGGCUGAUACACGCUAUAAAAAGUGCGUGGAAAAGGCAAAAGAGGUCAUAAAGACUCUCGAUCCGCGGGCUGUUAAUGAAGCUUUACUCUUGGAAAAGCCACAGGACUCGGAAGGCUCUUCAUCCUCGACGGCAGCUAGCGGAGGUGAUGCAUCUACUUUGACAGCUGCGUCUAAUUCCUUGCGGUCUCCAAUGGGAGCUCAGGAAGAGCAGCUAAUCACAACUGCUUUCUACCGCCUUGGAAUGACCUGUCAACGUGAAGCUGUUGAUUCACGACUAGCACUGCUUAGUGGGCCUGGCCAGAGUUUCCUUUCCCGACAGCGCACACCAGCUCCACGAAAACCUAUGAAUAUGACAUUCGCCAAAAAAUAAAAAGAAGUAAUAUAAUAGGCGUUCGCUGAAAGUGCCUUAUCAGAAUUGUAUUGCGAAUGACGUAGUUUAAUAAGUGGCGAUAGCUACAUCGUACUGUAGUUUUUAUAUAUAUUUUGCACGACACUAUGUUUAUUAUUCAACCGUUCUAUCAAAUAUUUAUUUGACUUUUCUAAAUUGUAAAAAAAUAAUUCGUAGGAAUUACGAAAUAAUAAAU